AUGUUGCCUGGUACGGAAAUAUGUGAACCUGAUGCUAGCAAUGUAGAAGGCAAAAGUGAUGCAAAUGAACAAGUUGCUGGAUUAGGAGUGAAAGGAACAAAUCCAAUGAAGCACCGUGACAAUGAUGCGAAAGAAUUUCUUCCACUUGUCGUCGAAGAGGCUCAUAACACAAACAAAGGCAUUAAUCACUCUGCACAGAAAACUUGUGUCCCUGAUGUACAAAAGUUUGAAAUCGGUCAGACCGAAAAAAUUGAGGAGGACAGGGAGUUGUCACAGAACCAUGUUCCUGAAGCAAUGGUGUCUAAAAGGUGCCAACCUUUGCAUCAGGAUGAAUCUGAUCUGAAUAUUAAACAACCAGUGCUUUCAGCUAAGUUGUCCAAUGCCAAUGGGAUCAUGGGAUCAGGAAAUUCUGGUGGCAAGGGGAGGAUAAAAAAGAGGGCCAAGAAGUCUGCUGGAAGGAAUCAGAAUCCAUCAGGCAUGGAGAGUGCAGAUAAUACUGCAGUUGAAAAUUCUUCAGUUGCGCAUUGUUCAGCUUUUGAUGAUCAUUUGAGCUAUGAAAAUAAAAAAGACGAGAGCACCUUGUCUCACAAUGAAAGAAACGAAGCCGCAAUACAAGAGUCAGUGGAUACUUCUCCAGUAAAUGCUAAUUGGGAAGGUAAUAAUGUGAGAAAAAAUGACGCAGAACUUCCACCAUUAACUCAGGUGGACAGAACUCGAGAAAAUGGAGUACAUAUGGGUGAGAAAUCAAUGAAGAAAGUGAAAAAGAGUCAAAGCUCAACCAUGAAGAGCCUACCAGAUCUGCCAAUUGAAGAACUACAAAAUGAGGAGGAAAGUUUGCAGUUGAAUCAAACUGGAAAAACUCAACAGAUGUCAGAAAAUGUGGGUAGGAGAUCGGAAAAGAAAAUGAAAAAGGAGCAGAAUUCUGCUGCAAAGACCCAUUCAUAUUUGCCAAUCAAAAAGCAAGAAGGUGGUGUUGGAGAACCAGCUGCUUCAAAUGAUAAAAGGGGAAAGGUUGACACUCCAUCUGAAACAGCAAAGAAAACUAGAUCAGCAAACGCAAGUCCUAAGAAUCCACCGACUGUUUCAGAGUUGGAACACGCCACUAGCAUUGAGUCUGGUUCUUUAGAUCCUGAACGACCUUCUGGGGAUGUUGACAUAAUCCAUGUUUCGUCUUCACAUGCACUUGAAGGUAAUUAUAAGGAGAGGCCUGAAGCUAAGGUCGAUUCUGAUAAUCAGAUGGAAAUUUUGAAGUGUGAAACAGAUAGGAUCAACUUCCAGCAUUACUUUGUGCCUGGCCAACAGCUGAACGAAGUUGGUCCAGCUGACAUGGUCAAAGAAGCAACACGAUCAGAAAGGGACAUCAAAACUAAGAAAAACUCAAAGAAGGUUGUUGUACCCCCUGUAGGCAGCCAACAGCAGAAUGAAAUUGCUCCUGCUGACAAGGUCAAGGAAGCAACAAGAUCAGAGAGGGAAUUCAAAACUAAGAAAAACACCAAAAAGCUUGUUUUACCCCCUGUAGGCACCCCGCCUAGUUUACGGGGAUCACUCAAGUCAAAUGAAAACCUGGAGAAUGAGAAGAAAUCUCAUAUUAGAAAUACUAGUAGUAUUCCACUACAGAUAUCAUUAUCGAAAGAUAAGCAUAAUGAGGUCAUGCUUAACCCUAACAAGAAAUUNUUCCGCGAAUUACUCUUUGUUCAAGUAAUGAUUGUGUUUCCUAAUCGAAGACGAGAAAAAAAUUGA